AUGAACGGGGGUCCGGGGGCAGCGCCCCCGGGUAGCGGGGUCCAAGGGGCGGCAGCCCCUGGCGGGGUCCAAGGGGCAGAGCCCCUGGCUGGGAUAUCCGGUUUUUGUUUCUCUGUUUUAUAUCUCCCUAACACAUGGGGAACCAACGGUUCCCUCAUUCACUGGACAUAUAACGUUGGUGGAGCAAAGAACGUCUCGAAGGAGAUAGUCGAAGGCAUCGACGAGAAGAAGAAAUCGAUCACGUACAAGGUGAUUGAAGGAGAUCCAUUGAAAUUGUAUAGUGAAUUCAAAAUAAAAUGUGAUGUGGAAAGCAAUGGACAUGAUAACAUAGUUACCUACACCUUGGAGUACAAGAAAAGGAACGGCCAAUCGCUGGAGCCUACCGGAUUCAUGGAUUUACUCGUUCAUCAGUUCUCCAAAGAGAUUGAAGAAUGCAACCGCCGCCUCCGGCCCAAUUAACACUACCAUC